AGGAGAAUAUACCAAGGAAUAUACAUUACAUAGCAGUGUAUCAACAAUGGACCCCAUAUCCUACGGGUGCCGUCUGUGUUUGGAUCCAUUCGCUGAGCGUUUCACAGUGAUCGAAAAUCCGGAACUGAAGAACCAGAUGGAGAAAGUUUUUUGCUUUACGAUCGAAUCCAAACCAGGAUACCGCUCCGGUGUAUGUCAGAGCUGUUCCUACGCCAUCUCCGAGUUCUAUCAAUACUCGGAAAAAGUACGCCAAAAUCAAGAGAUCCUAAACGGAAAUGCAGUAAAACUUGAACCGACCACUGAGCUUCCGGAAUCGACAGAAGAAGCUGCCGAACCGAGAGAAAUGGUCCCGGAAGAAGAAACAGAUCCAAGCUCCGACGCUGAUGACGAAUCGUGCGAUCAACCUACUCCGAAAAAGUCACGACCCAAGCGAAAAGGACGCCCGCAACAGGCAAAAACCGACGGUUCCGACUCCGAACGAGAAAAAGAGCAUCAGCUUUUCAGCAAACACUUCCGCAUGAUCUGUGAUCUUUGUGGAGCGAAGGCAGCAUCCUUUAAACUACUGCGCACUCAUUUCUGGCAGGAACACCAACGGCGGGAUGGGUACGUAGUGUGCUGCAACAAGAAGCUAUCCAAACGAUACACCAUCCUGGAUCAUAUCAACUUUCACGCCAAUCCGGAUGUAUUCCGGUGCGAGGUGUGCGGGAAAAAGUACAAGAACAAGGACACCCUGAAUGCGCACAAGGCCGUACACGAGGGCAAGGAUUGUUUCAAGGUUUGCGACGUAUGUGGCCGGGAGUACAAAAGCAAGGAAGGCUUCCAGCAGCACAUGAACGAGCAACACAUGGGAAUCAAGGUGGAGCGGUUUCAGUGCCACAUCUGUCUACGGUGGUUGAAGGGCAGAAAGAACCAUCGAAAUCACAUGAACGUUGUACAUGGCAACAAUGAGCGGGUGUUUGAGUGCGAUGUAUGUAUGCAGAAAUAUCCAUCUGUGGCGGCUUUGAAGAGCCAUAAGAAACAAAUCCACAUAGAAGCGAAGCAUGAAUGCGAAUUCUGCGGCAAAAUGUUUAAACGGACGCUGGCCUUGAAGGAACAUCGAGCUACCCAUACGGGCGAAGUGUUGUAUAGCUGUGAGUUUUGUGACAUGACGACAAACGGCAGGGCGUACUUGUACAAACACGUCAAGCAGAAGCAUCCGGUGGAGUGGGAACAGAAACAGCUUAAUUCCGCUCAUGCUCAGGAGAGUGGUGCUCCCCAUCCAUAAGGAUGUUAUGUUUGGCUUGGAAGUGUCCGAAAUGUAGCACUGA